AUGCCAUUUGGCUCGCUCUCAGUAUCUAACACCCCUAUUCCACAAUACGCUCCUCCGUAUCCAGUGGAUGGCAGCGACUAUACAAGUGAAGCUGUCCUUACUGUUGCCUAUCAAACAUCGUUGCAAUGUGUACGCCAUCUCGUGCCGGACAUGCUAGAACUGGAGGACGAGCCACAGGUAUCAGUAAUGAUUUUGCAGCACAGAAUGACCUCCUUCGGUCCAUACAAUGAGUAUGUCCACUCAGUGAAAGUCAAAUAUAAGGGCGACGCGUUUGACUACUUUCUUUCCCUCAUCCUGGACAAUGACUCGCCAAUUCUCUGCGGCCGCGAGCAGUUCGGCUUUCCUAAAAAACUAGGGAACGUGGCCUUAUCUUUAGAGACUAAGUCGACGGUUGUUCACGGUUACGUGGAGAGACCCGUAGGUCAAAAGAUCGUUGAAGUUGGCUUCCAGCCAGAACAAAAAUUGAAGAGCACGGUUGAUACAACGAUCCAUGGGUUAAAUCUACGAGUCAUCCCAUCGGCGGUUCUGAAUCAGAGCCCCUCCGUCAAGGAAUUAGUUCCCGUUGACAUCAUUAUGGAGGCAGCUGAAGUUUGGCAAGGCUCUGGUUCUGUCUGCUUCCCGGAACCAUCAAGGUUCGAUCCAAUGCAUGAAGUCAAAGUUCUUCGACACGGAGGGGCGACACUUUUGCGAAAUGCAUCCCUCACGAUCCGCCUCCCUACAAAAGUGUUCCAGCUAUAG